AAUCAUCAUCAUCGAUAUUGAUUGGAAAUUGAUGAAAUCAGAUUUUUUUUUGUUGGAUUUUUGUUGAUGUUAAUAGUGAUGUGACAUGUAGACUUUGGAUUCGACCAGAAACAAAAAACUCAACAACAACAGCAGCAUCGCAACAGAAUUUCAUUUUUCUAAAAAUGUCAACUUUUUUUUUCAUAUCCAGAAUAGAUCAUGUGUGUGUGCCAAUGUGAAUCUUAUUAACUUUUUUGUUUUCGUUAACGGUUUUUUUCGUUUGAAUUAAAUUUCUUUUUCUUUUUCACAUUCUUUCAACAACCAGUGAUUCUUCUUUCUUCGAAAGUUUUAACAAGAAUUUGUUCAUCCAUCAAUUUUAAUCAGGAAAAACAAAUUAAACUUUCAAGGUUUAUGCACACAAAGUUUCCACUGGAAAAUAAAUAACCCUUCAUUAGCAUAAAGAAAAUUAUCAAAAAAUGGCACGAAUACGUACAUUAACAACUGUAUUAUUUUUAAUAAUAAUACCUAGUUUAUUUAUUUAUUUUUUAUAUUAUGAUUCAAUAUCAUCAACAACAAUUAAUAAUCAAUAUCAACCAUCAUCAUCAUCAUCAAAUAGUCAAUCAGAAUUUAUUGAUAGUUCAUCACUACCUCAACAACAACAACAACAACCACCGAAUACUGAUAAUGAUAAUCAACUACAGCAUAAAUAUGCAGCCGUUUGGAAACAUAUAACCAAUGUUUAUAAUCAUCCAUUACCACCAUCAUUAUCAUCGAUUCAAAAUGAUACAGCCAGUACAUUAUCAUCAUUACGAUCAUCGAUUCUCGGUAAUCAUCGUAAUCGUAAUAGUGAAUUUACCUAUGUUCAAAUUCAACCACCAUUGCUGCCAACAUCAGAAGAAUCAAUGGAUUCUGAUCCAAAAAUAGAACAACGUAGACAAUUUAUUAAAAAAAUGAUGAAAGAAUCAUGGGAUAAUUAUGUAAAAUAUGCAUGGGGUUUUAAUGAAUUACAACCACAAACUAGAAAUGGUAAAUUAGAUUCUAUAUUUGGUCCAACUAAACUGGGUGCAACAAUUGUUGAUUCAAUGGAUACAUUAUUCCUGAUGGAUAUGAAACAAGAAUUUGAACAUGGUAGACAAUGGAUUGCACAGGAAUUAGAUUUUAAAUCAACACAAUCAGAAAUUUCUGUAUUUGAAACAAUUAUUCGUUAUGUUGGUGGUUUACUUUCAUGUUUUGCAUUAACUGGUGAUCCAAUGUUUUUAUAUAAAUCCAGAGAGAUUGCUCAAAUAUUAUUACCUGCUUAUAAUACCGCUACAGGUAUACCAAAUGGUUUAAUAAUACCGAAAACCGGUAAAUCAUAUCAUCAUACAUGGGCAAAUGGUGCUAUUUUAUCCGAAUUCGGUUCACAUCAUUUAGAAUUAACAUAUUUAAGUGAUAUGACUGGUGAUAAACGUUUUAGUGAUCGUAUAAAACGUAUUCGUUCCGUAGUAAAAAACGCAGAUAAACCAAACGGUUUGUAUUUGCUGAUGUUGGAUGAACAAACUGGUCGUUGGACUGAUAAUAAAGCAUCGCUAGGUGCACUUGGUGAUAGUUUUUAUGAAUAUCUUAUUAAAUCAUAUGUACAAUCUGGUCAUCAUGAUAAACAAUCAUUACAAAUGUAUUUGGAUGCUAUGGAUGCUAUUGAUCGUUCGGGAAUGAUUAAUCAAUCAAUUUCUGGUCAACUGACAUAUGUAUCGGAUUUAGUUUUUGGCAAAACAACAAAUAAAAUGCAACAUUUAACUUGUUUUGCUGGUGGAAUGUAUGGAUUAGGUGUUCAUCAUAUGUUAUUAUCAACAAAUGAUUCAAUUCGACAAUCAAAAAUCGAUAAUUUACCUGCAAAUAAUGUUGUUAUUAGUGAUAAUAAUAAUCAGGAGCAAAAAAUUCUAGUUAAUCUAACCGCAACAACUACCGCUGCCAAUACUGCCAUCAAUGAUUUUGAUCGUCGAAUUCGGCGGCAUUUUGAUCUGGCCGUCAAUUUAACGGAAACCUGUUAUCAAUCAUAUCAUCGUACACCAACACAUUUAGGUCCAGAAUCAUUUUAUUUUAAUGAACAAGUUGAAGCUAUUAAUCCAAAUGGUGAUUAUUAUAUUCUUAGACCAGAAGUUAUUGAAAGUUAUUUUAUAAUGUGGCGUUUAACACAUGAUAAUCGUUAUCGGGAAUAUGCUUGGGAAGCAGCACAAGCUAUAUAUGAAAAUUGUCGUACAGAAUCCGGUUAUACAGGAAUUUAUAAUGUAAUGCGUAAACCAGCCAUAAAAGAUAAUACUCAACAAAGUUUUUUUCUUGCUGAAACAUUAAAAUAUUUAUAUCUAAUAUUUUCGAAUGAUAAAUUAUUAUCAUUAGAUGAUUGGGUUUUUAAUACUGAAGCACAUCCAUUACCAAUUUGUGGCCAAAAUUCUGCAUAUCCUCAAUCAACAUGUAUCAAUCGAAAUCAAAAUCAUAAUAAUAAUCGAGUUAGAUCGAAAAAGCAAGCCAGAAUCUAAGAAUUUCAUUCGAAAAAUAUAUAUUGUGAAAAAAUUGUGAUAAUUUUUUAAUUUCCCACACAUUAAUAAUUAAUAAUUAAU